GAACUGUAUUUACUCAUUCGGUCAGACUUUAAUACUUAACUGUUUGUAUGCGUCCGGUGUCCUUUCUUCUCCUUUAAACUUCCAAAACCAAUCUCAACACUUCAUCCGCAUUCAAAAAAAAAGUCACUCACUUCCCAAUCACUCUAUCAUCAUGAUUAUUUUUACCGAUGUUAUCAGUGGAGACGAGGUCUGCUCAGAUGCUUUCGAAAUGAAAGAAAAUCAAGGUGUCUUCUGGGAGGUCAACUGUCCCAUGGAGGUCGUCAAGGAUGGUGAAGUAGACAUUGGUGCAAAUGCUUCAGCUGAAGAACAAGCAGAAGCCCUUGAAGACGGAGCCGUGACUGUUAACAGUCUUAUUCACACUUUCCGACUUCAAGCAACCUCUUUCGAUAAGAAGUCUUACUUGACUUACUUGAAGGGUUACAUGAAGGCCAUCAAAGCUCAUCUUCAAGAAACCAAGCCCGACCGAGUGGCCGAUUUCGAAAAGGAAGCCGCUGCAGCUGCCAAGAAUAUUGUUGCAAAUUUCAAAGACUAUGAGUUUUACAUUGGUGAAAAGAUGAACCCAGAUGGAAUGGUUGCCUUACUCAACUACCGAGAGGAUGGUGUAACACCAUACUUUACCUUCUGGAAAGAUGGACUCAACGAAAUGAAAGUUUAAAUUGAAACUUUCAUGUUCUACCUCGAUUUGGUUUGGCUUAUCUUGACAUAUAAUAGAAAGUGCCAUCUUUAC